AUGUAUGGUAAAGUGCCAUUACCUCAUAUCUUUCUGGGGGCUCUCCUUGGAGUUGCAGGAGGAGUCUACAUCUAUAAACCAAUAUUUGAACAAUAUCACAGAAAACAGAAUAAAUUAAAAGAAACGCUGCAAGCACCAGAACUAGAAGAGAAGAAAGAAUAGCAGGGAUUACAUGGAGCUGCUUGGUGAUAUUGGCUUAGACACCGUAAACUUCUGUUCUGAGAUAAAAACAAAAUAACCUAUUUUAUUCUUCAAAAUGAAACUGGUUUGUCUUGGUGAAGAAUAAAUAUGCUUUUUUAAUUAAUGUAAA